AUGUUUUACAAAAACUCUGCUUCUCAUACAGAGCCCGACUUAGAUGUGAGCAUUUACACGGGUCAAUUGUAUUGGUGGUUGGUGUAUAAUUAUUUCAAAGAACUGAUAAUUGUACCAAUUUUGUUUAUUGUGUUGGCUGGAAUUUGGUUGAGAACUUUUCCAUUCUUUCUAGUUAUCAAUCGAAACUUGAAAACGGAGUGGGAAAAUCUCCCGGAGUUCGCAAUCACCAAUCAUGCUCAGUAUGUCAUCAAAAAAUAUUUUGUACUGACCAUGAUUUCUAUCUUGGUUCUUGUACCUUUUGCUGUUUAUUAUUGUUUUCGUUCUCCAGAUUUCUCGUUUUUAGACAAAAUACUUUUAAUACCAAUUUCCAUAAUCUGUGCAGUUUUCAUAUAUAUCACGACCAUUUUUUCCCAAGUUUAUCAGAUUCUUGUAGUAAUUUUUAUAUUUGAACAAUGCUUGAAACUGGGAAAAAAUGAAACACAGCAAACGGAAACUCAAGUUGCCAAAAAACAAUCUGCAACGAAAAAUAUCAUUCGAACACUUUACAAAUGUUUUAUUAUCAGAGAUUUUGUGAUAAUCCCCGUAAUCGCCAUAUUUUCAAUAGGCUGGCUUUCUGAACUGUUGCCGGUUGGAGCUAAUGCUACACUGAAAACUCAGCUGACAUAUUCCAGAGUUUUUGAAUUAGUUUCAAACGACUCAAUCUUCUUUUUGGUGCCUGUCACUGUAUUGUAUUAUUUCUACAGAACACGCAACCUAAAUAACAAAAAAAAUCUCAGAAACCCUUUGCAAGAUUAUAUUUUCAAACAGGCAAUGAUUAUGGUAGUCAUUAAAGCUAUAUUAAUUACUGUUUUCCUAAUCAUGGUUCUACUUGACAAUAGAAUUUCGUGGUUAAUGAUAGCUUCACGAAUGGAUCAAAUGGUAGUAGUUGUGGCAGUUCAAAUUUCUGCAAUUAUCUGUUUCCAAAAGAGAUUAAUUGCAUAUCGACGAAGCCGGAAACAAGAAGUUUUUGCAACAAACCUUCCUCCAAUUAUCAUUGUACCACCAAAUUGUUAA